UAACCCUGAUAAAAAAGACGAACUAAUUGAGGCAUUAGUUAAGCAAGUACAGCAACUAUCGGUCAACUGCGUCGCGGCACAUAACCAACAAGAAAAGGAUACACGUGAAAGAGAAAAGUAUCAGGAAAACCCCAAGCAAAGAAGAGAAAUCGUCUGCUAUAGGUGUGGCGAGAAAGGACACAUGACUCGAUUUUGUAUGUCGGAGAAGAGAUCUAAGAAGCCUAGUGAAGUAGAAAAACCACACACGGAAAACGUUAGUAGAGUGAACUACUGCGAAAAUGAGUUAUACGCAGUAGACAAAAGAAAGCAACAAGAACAACCAGAUGUUCCUGAAAAAAGACCUAAAAUACAACCUGUAGCGAAGUGGGAUAAUAGACUUCAGCCCCGAGCAGAAAACGAACCAAUUAUAUUAGAUGUCUGA